AUGGGCGAGUCAACGCAAAAGAAGCGUUAUGCCAUCGUAGGCACCGGCGGCCGUUCGGGCUUCUUCUACACAGCCAUCGCAAAGGACUACAGCAGCACUUCAGUCAUCGUCGGUCUCUGCGACACGAACCAGACGCGCAUGAACUAUGCCAACUCAAGAUUGAAAGAACUCGGCCACGGCGAGGUCCCGACCUACAUCGCAGCCAACUUUGACCAGAUGAUCAAAGACACCAAGCCGGACGAGGUCAUUGUCACAACAAUUGACCGUACACACAACAUCUACAUCGUCAGAGCAAUGGAGCUAGGCUGCAACGUCGUCACCGAGAAGCCAAUGACCAUCGACGCGCCGCGGUGCAGAGAGAUCUUCUCGGCAGUCGAACGAACAGGCCAAAAGGUGCGCGUAACGUUCAACUACCGCUACGCGCCACACAACACAAAGAUAUUUGAGAUUAUCAAGUCAGGCGCCAUUGGCAAGGUGACGAGCGUGCACUUUGAGUGGAUGCUCAACGAGAACCAUGGCGCCGACUAUUUCCGCCGCUGGCAUCGCGACAAGCGCAACUCGGGCGGCCUCCUUGUGCACAAGUCGACGCACCACUUUGACUUGGUCAAUUUUUGGCUUCAGACGCGGCCGCAGACGGUAUAUGCCCAGGGCGACCUCAAGUUCUACGGACGAGAAAACGCCGAGGCGAGGGGCGUGACGAAGUUUUAUACCAGGGCCCACGGGAGCGAAGCAGCCAAAGACGAUCCCUUUGCACUGCAACUGGAUCAGAACCCGCAGCUCAAGGCCAUGUACCUCGACGCAGAGCACGAGGAUAGUUACUACAGAGACCAGAGCGUGUUUGGCGAUGGUAUCAGCAUCGAGGACACGAUGAACCUGCUUAUCCGAUACCGCAACGGCGCGGUAAUGACAUACUCCCUCACAGCAUACGCGCCGUGGGAGGGCUUCCGCGUCAACUUCAAUGGCACGGGUGGUCGUCUCGAGGUCGAGGUUGUGGAGAAGAGCUACGUGAACUCUGGAGGUAGCCAAGCUUUGGAGGGCGCGAUUGAGAAACGGACGAUGCUGCUUAGGCCGCUCUUCGGACCGCCUCAGGAGAUCGAUCUGGGUGAGGCCAAGGGUGCUCACGGCGGUGGAGAUCUUGUUCUGCUUGCGGAUCUGUUUGGUGAGCCGGUGUCUGACGAGUACAUGCGGGCGGCUAGUCAUAUUGAUGGUGCCGCAUCAAUCUUGACUGGUAUUGCUGCCAAUCGGUCACUGGCAACUGGACAAGCUGUCAAUGUCGACGACAUCCUGGUGGUGCCCGAGAAAUGA